AUGUGUUCUGCUGCAACAUCACAUAUGGAAGAUCAAGCAAUAACUCUCAAAGAAUGGUUUUCGUAUUUGUGUGGAACGAGUCUGAAGAAACGUGAUUCUUCGGGUUUGUUAGAUAAUGUCUUGCGGAUGCUUGACAACAGCAGUUUUCUUCGUUAUUUGUUUUCGGAAUCAUCGAAUUAUGGAAGCAAAAUUUUAGUACGACAUGCAGCUGUUGUGGCUACAAAGGAGCUAGUUGAGAAUCGUGCUGUGAAAAGCAUUAGGUCGUUUAAACGUAAGGCUUUUGAUGCGCUGAAGAUAAUCCUCUCAUUCCACUUUGACCAUCGUCCUAAGCGAAGAGGUUUGCAGAAGAAUGGUGUUGUUUUAUCGGAUUUUUUGGAUUCUCUUAUUCAAAUGCUUUGUUAUCCAAAGGAAUUACGAGGUUCUCGGGAGCUUACCCCAGUUUGUUUUGAUAUUGUUGCUGAAACUGUUGAACUGUUAUAUCGCGCUUUUCAGUCUUUCCACAUAUUCGAGGCUCACUCCAGUCAAAUUCGAAGAUUGUGGAAUGAAGUUACUUCUCUUUUCGAUGAUCUUUUGACAAAUCAUGAACAGCCGGCAAUUCGUCGCAUGUGUACAAAUGUGAUGUUGAUGAUGAUCCGAAAAGCUCAUUAUACUUUCUUCCUUUUCAACUCUAGUGACCUGUUCAACAAAAUCGUUUCAUUGUUUCGGAAGUUUUUGAGUGGCCGUUAUGAUCGAGAAGAAACUUCGACGAAUUUUUUCAUUAUAUUCACUCUGUUGCUUAAGAAUUUCGUUUUCGAGCGGCGAUUAGAUAUUGUGAAUAAAGCGCUAUUCGAGUUUAUUGAUAAUUUUCUCGCCUUAUGUUGCCCUGAUUGCUGUACAACUUAUGCUUUAAACAACGGGUUCAUAAAAUCAGUUGCUGAUUUAGUAGUUGAAGCGGCUGUGGAGUUCUGUUUGGAGCAUUGUGCGCCUGAGAAAUCAGCUUAUCGAAAGAGUACGGUAUUAAUUGCGGAAGAGGCUCUUAGUCUGGUUUCACGUUGUUUUUGUCUUAAUCACGUCUUACAAGAAGAGAAAUCUGUCAAGCGUCCUCGACGAUGUCCUCCCCUUCUACUUAUGCUUGAGUAUUCAAAUGUUUCAGCGGAAGAUCUUUUUCCAUGGUACCUGAGAUGCUGCAAUGCUUUCUUUGAUAAAGAGAUUAUUUUGAUGUUGGAUCAAGAAUCGUGUUCUACGCUGUGGAAAUUCGUUCUAGCUUGUUUGCAUCCUCCUAGCACUACGGAAUCUGCAGCUUAUUUGCUUGCUCGAAUUAUUUCACCUUGUAGUAAAGCUUUAAAUCUAGACGAUACAUUUGUAGUGGAGUUAGUGACUAGCAAUAUCUCAAGGCUAAGUGUUAUUCCAAAAUCAGUUAUGAGCCUUAUUGCAACUAUGCUGAGCCAAUUUGAAUUUGAUGAACGCAUGAAAUUCAGCAUUUCGGAGCUAAUCUGUUGUUCGGAGUGGCGUUAUCGAUGCGAGAUAAUAGAGUUUAUCUUUGGUAACAUCCCUAUAACAGAAAUUCCGCCAGAAGCAGUGAUAGAAAUAUGUCGUUAUAUACCCUCUUAUAGUUUACCAGAAGCUAACAUCAGAGAUGUGUGUGAUAUGGAAAAAAACUUUAUGAAGUUAUUCGGGAUUGCGUGGAAAAAUCCCUAUCCUGAUUCCACUGAAGCUAAUGGUUUUUUUGUUGCUGAGGUGCAAAAUUUCCUUGCCGAACAGCUGGGCAUUUUGUGGAAAAAUGCUGGUGGUAUUGCUGACGUCGAAAAGAGAAAUAUGGAAUUGGACCAGCUUGUUGCUGAAACGAGUAAAGUUCUUUCGAAUUUGAUCUCAAGUCAGUCGUUAUCAACUGACGCUUUAUCAGCUUUGGAUAUUCAUGAGGCAUGGAAGUACGUUAGUGAUGAAGUUCGUGACGCAGUUUGUAGUGCAGUCACAAACUACAGCCAACUGUGCGGCUACGCAACCUGCCUGAGCGUCUAUCUGCUGUUUCAGAUGGACGUGUUUUAUGAAAAAUGCUUGUUUGAAUCUAAUUAUAUCACGUACGCUCUGCAGAUGUGUCGCAGCAGUAGCACUGUAUACGACGCGAUUUAUCUUUUCGAACAUUUUGCUCCUUCUCUAAACGAUGAGCAAAGGGAGGAGUUUUUGAAGUUACUCGAGUAUUUAUUUUCUGUUAUUGAGGAUGAAGACUUAGUAAAAUACAAGGAACUUCUUUGCGAGGGAUCUCAGCAGCUUGUAGUAUUGCGUGCAACAAAUAAAUGGCUAACUGAAAAGGACCUCGUAAAGCUUUUGACUUCAGAAAGUCUUGAUGAGGAAAUACGUGCGCAUCUUGCUUCAUAUAUACUUGCGACUCCGUUAUUAUACUCUAUUCAUUUGCCUGUAAUGGAAUAUCUAAUCAACGCUGGAUCACUGUAUCUUCACGAGAUAAUAAAAUCGAUGUUCCCCGAUCUUGAUAAGGUAGUCAAGCUUUUUACUGUUCCACUUGCUUAUUAUUAUAUACGAAGAAAUUCGCCAGUGUCUCCUAAUUUUCUUCCUCAAAGUCUGUUCAGUCGACUUCUUCAAGAAGUUGAAUCUCAGCGAACUGGUACGCAAACGCUUGCAUCUGUAUUAGAUGGCAAUUAUGAAGAUCUGUCACUGAAUCACAUAAAACACUUAUUCUUAGAGGAGAAGAAAGGAAAUGAACAUUUAAUGGAUUUAUUACCAGCUUGGUUAGAAGUUUUCAAUUUACUCUUAUCAUUUGAUGAGGAGACGACUAAGAUAGAGGCAGCCAUCAUUUUUGAAGUAUUUUCGACUGCUAAUGGCUUUAUUGAGUAUGCCAAAUCUUCUCCGGUAGUAUCGGAAAUCUUAGACAGGCCUCGUGCAGUAGACUUUGGAGAGGCUUUGAAGAAUCCUGUCAUAUCAACAACUGUUCUUUCUCAAAAUUUUUGGUCAGCGUUGUAUAUGAGUUUACUGUCGAGAGAAAAAGAACCUUUAAGUGAGAGUGAAAUACAGAGACUGAUGUAUAUCUGGAUGCGAUAUAUUCCUCUUCGUGGAUCAAUAAUAAGAGUGAUUGCUUUUUCUGGCUGUGUACAACGAAGGGCUGUUUUUGCAUAUUCAGAUGUCUCUAUUGCUUUGGAUGUCUUCAUAACGUCAUCUCUUUUGGAGAUUUUCUUAGACCCAUUUAAGAGUUAUCCAGCUUACGUUUAUGCCAGUAUCUGUGAGAUUUUAGCUGUCGAAGAAUUGAGCGAACAGUUGGGAGUUACACAUUUUUGUACGAAGCCGGAAGGCUUUCUGGAAGUAUUUGCUGCUUCAUUACUUCCUUAUCUCGUGGAGUUGGCUUACAAGGCUGAUUCUUCUGAGCUGGGAGCUUUUUGCAAUGCUGUCAAUCAUUUAUUGGAAACCCAAGAUUCUUCACUUUUCCGUCAAGAGUGUUCGCUGGUUACAACUAUAGUUGCAUGUGUAAGACGGCUUCAGGUUAAUUUUGCCUCAUUAGAUGUCAAAAAGAAAUUUCCUCUGGAUUUGGUGGGGUUAUCUAUGUCAUGUCUGAAAGCGGGUCUCUCUGACGAUGCCUUUUUUUUCAUCCGAUGCCAUGUCGACUUGGAGUGUGACAGUGUGCGUCCUGUUGCGCAUUUGUUUAGCAGGGGCCUUGGACUUUUCCAGCUAAUGACAAACGUACCGAAGGAACUUGAAGGCCAUUUCCAGAAAACAUUGGUUGCAUUAAGAGAUGCCGAUACUUUAAAAGCGCUUUCGCUGGCUUCAGUGGAAUCUUUAGAUGUGCGGUUGCUACUAUUUUUAGAUUCAAGAGUGAUUCUGGCUGAGAAAUCGUGCAACUGGCAACACUUGGCAUUUCUUACUAGCUCAAAAAACGAUUCUCGUUUACAUUCACAGGCUCUUUUUUACUGCGGUUCACAGUUACCAUCUUUGGAGACUGAUGUACAGUAUCGUGCAGCUGCUGAACUUGCUCAGUGGCACUCUCUGAGUUUCCCGAAAAGGAAAGAAAAGUUGAAUGAGGGGCAGCGCCUGUAUUUCUUGAUGUUUUCUCGUCUCCGGCGUCAGUUAGAGAUGAGUCGGAUAGCAGCUUCCAAAUUUGUAUCUUACGAAGCGUCAGAAUUGGUUAAUAUGGUAAUUUUAAAAAAGAAUUCAGUGGAGAAGAUGAAGGAAGCAUGCGAGUUCGAAUGGCUUACAAAAAAUGAUUUUUUACCUUCAGAAACACGACUGCGUUAUGGUUGGUUUAUUUCUAAUAUGCGGAAUAGUUGUGCUGAUUUAGUGGAAUCUGCUGUACCACUGAUCAUUUCUCACGCUCGGGCACUGAUUGCAAAGAAGGCGUAUCAGGUAAGAUCAAAUGUAUUGCGUAAGCGGUUCUUUUAUAGCUGCUUUAUUCGAUCCGUUAUUUGCUUUCAGCCAGCUCUACGAUUAGUAGAGGAUUUUCGUGAACGGUUUGGGGCAAAGUUAUUGAACAACUAUGAGUGCGAUCUUGAGCGAGCUCGGAUCCUUGAGGCAUGUCAUGAAAGCGAAGCUGCAAGGAGUGUAUUAACUCGCAUUUUGGACGACCAGUUGUUACUUGGUAGCGAUAAACGAAACAUCAACCUAUACUUAGACGUCUAUUCUAUGCUUGCUGACUUUGAGAUGGGAGCUUGUCGUCCUGAUUUAGCUGUGAAGCAUCUCCAGGAGGUUGACUUUUUGAAAUUGAGCAGCUCUUAUUUGAGGAAAUCUGCGGUUGACUUUACACGUUCUAAUGCAGGUACUGCGCAGAAUGCAUUGCUCGGAAGUGUUUAUCGGAAAUUAGCAUUGUAUGCUGAAAAACAGUACUUAAUACUUGAGGAGUAUAAGUCUACAAAUGCAUACAAAACAAAAGUUAAUGCUAUCAAAGAAUGGCAGUUAGAACUGGAGAGAAUCGAAGAAAAAAGGUUUUUGCAAAAUUCGAGUCCUAUUCCUAGGAGUAAAUCGCUAGAGGAAAAACGCAUAAAAUUGGAAAAACUUUCAGAAGAAAAAGAUUUGAAACAGUUUAACCUUGAUUAUUUGCGCCAGGUUUCUCUUGCUCUAAAGUCAUAUUUGGCUUGUCUCGAAAUCGGUGUUUUCUUUGAUGAUGUGCCAUACAGAAUCCUUCCGAUACUUGUAAACCUAAAGCACGACACGUCUGUAAUUCGAAUAUUCAAAGAAAAUCUUUGCCGUAUAGAUCCUCGCCAUUGGGUGCCGCUAACAAAUCAUCUUUGUUCUCAUCUCUUCGACGAUUCUCCUUUGGCAGCUGCUGUAUACGACAUCCUAGUGGUUACGCUCUCCGAAUACCCUUUUCAUACUCUGAAUAGUCUCUUGUUCUACGUAUCAGAAGGUCCAACUGCAAAGCCAGAUGCGCUAGCCCGAAAGAAUAAAGUGGAGUGUUUGGUCAAGGAUGUUUGCAGUAAAAAAGAAGGUCUUUCCAGCCUAAUUAUGCUAUAUAAGCAAGCCUUUAGCAUUUAUUGUGAAUUUGUGGCAGCAGAACCUGUACGCACAUCUGCAAAAAGAAGAAGAUAUCAAAUGAAUGGCGAUUCUGUUUUAAUGAAAGAGCUAAAGUUGCUGCAAAAAGUACCAAUUCCAGCCAUUUCACAGCCGCUUACUCAGUGUUUUGAAGAAAUGGUUACUUUCAAUGAUAUUGAACAAGAAAUUGUGAUAGCAGACGGUCUCUCAAAACCAUACGUUUUAACAGUUGUUGGCAGUGAUGGAGUUAAGCGUAAACUUAUUUUUAAGAAGGAGGAUUUGAGGGACGAUUGUCUGGUUGAGCAGUUGUUUUCGGUAGUCAAUAUUCUUCUAAAAGAAAAAAGCAAAGAAGUAUUUCUUCGUACCUAUCAUGUGCUUCCGCUGAACCAAUCAGCUGGUAUCAUAGAGUGGUGUUUGGGAACUAUGAGUCUGUGUGAAUAUCUCUGUGGGUUGAACAGAAGGAGCGGUGCACAUUUGAAGUAUUAUCCAGACGACCUUACAGCAGUUGUUGCGCGAAAUGAACUGUCUAAAGCGCGUGAAAACAAUGGUGACCUUCGACAGGAGUUUGAGGCCAUUUGUCGACAAAUCCAUCCUGUUUUUCGCCAUUUCUUUUACGAACGGUUUUUUGACCCUUUGGAGUGGCACAACAGAAUAAGAAAUUAUUCUAUUUCGUUGGCACAGUGGUCUAUCGUGGGUUACGUGGUUGGGCUUGGAGACAGACAUCUUAACAACAUAUUAAUUGAUCUUACAACAGCUCAGUUGGUGCAUAUUGAUCUCGGGAUGGUUUUUGAAUACGGCAAACGGAAUCUACCAAUUCCUGAACGCGUCCCAUUCCGUCUCACUCGAGAUACUGUCGAUCCUUUCCUUGCUGAAGGAGUAAAUGGACACUUCAAAGCUAGUGCAGUGGAUGUUAUGGAACAGCUCCGCAAUAAUUCGCAGGCUUUAAUCGGAGUGGCAUUGGUGUUGCUGAACGACCCUAUAUGCACCUUUUUUGAUAGUCAAAAGGGCAGUAAGUUCUCAUCUCUCGCUAUUUGCCGUCUGCGUGAUAAACUUGCUGGUAUUGAAAACCGAGUGUUCAUGACUGCUGAGCAACAGGUAAAACAGAUUUCUGAAGCUGAUUGA